CAGAUGACGCGUCUGGCAGGUUUCAAUGGCAGAGAGGUCCGUUGGCCGCCGAAGUGAAUUAAUUUUGCUCAGAGCCCCUGAAGACAGUUUGCAUGGAAGGGACGUCCUUCUUGGGAUCCGGAAUUAUAAUGCCAUGGAGCCCAACAUGGUUGAACGGGCGAAAGACUUCUUUCCACAACCUCGAGGGUCUUGUGCCUUCACCCGCCGCCACCGCGAGAAAACCCGUGAAUCAGCCUUGAGGCCUCAAAAUGGCACCUUCCGGAGAGCCAGUUUUGUGGAGUCUGUACGUCUACGCUCCCAACAAAGUAGCGCCGGUAUUCUUCGCAAUCGCCUAUGGAAUAUCCGCUAUCUUCCACAUAUGGCAGUGUUUUCGUCACAAAGCAUGGAAGUUGAUGUGGCUGCACUCGCUCUGCGCUGUCUUUUUUACGAUCGGAUACGCGCUUCGAGAAUGGGGAGCGUACAACUAUCUGUACAGUCCUACAGACAAAACGCCCCUCAUUAUCUUCAUCGUUAGCCAGGUCCUCAUCUACGUCUGCCCCCCCCUCCUCGAGCUCUCCAACUACCACAUCCUCGGCCGCGUGUUCUACUACGUUCCCUACUGCGCCCCUUUGCCCGCCAACCGCGUCCUGGCCACGUUCGGCGGGCUGAUGGCCGCCGUGGAGGCGCUCAACGCCGUGGGCGUGUCCCUGGGCGUGAACCCGUCCGGAAACUCGCAGUCGCUCGGAAAGAACAUGACCAUCGCCGCCAUCUCGAUACAGGUCAUCAUCAUUGCUGCAUUCGUCGCCUUGGCCGCCCUCUUCCAGGUCCGCUUCGCCCGCACCCACCUCCGCUCCCGCGCCGUCCGGACCACGCUCCUUGUCUUGUACGCGAGCAUGGCGCUCAUCUUUGCGCGGUGCGUCUACCGGCUAGUCGAGCACACGGGCAACACCGAGGUCGACUUCAAGGACAUGGAGGCCCUGAGGCGACUCAGCCCGCUGCUGCGCCACGAGGCCUACUUCUACGUCUUCGAGGCGACCCUGAUGCUGCUCAACUCGGGGCUGUGGAACACCUGGCACCCCGGCCGCCUUCUGCCGCGCGAGAACCACGUCUACCUCGCCGAGGACGGGACCGAGGUGACGGGCGAGAGGGAGGAAGACUCGAGGCCCCUGCUGGCCAGGACGGCCCAUGUGCUGACCUUUGGCAUCCUGUUCCGCAACAAGACCAAAGGCGGUCACCACCGCAUGCAGGAACUGAGCGAGUAUCCGCCCAGUAGCAGGCGUUUUCCUUGAACUGGCCGGGGAUCUUUAUCAUGCUGUGAGUUGGAGGCACCAGGUUCUAACCAAAUCGACCAGGUGAAUUGUGGAUCGGUGCCUUGCUGUAAUACAGUGUUAAUCUAUGAGGAGAGAACUACAGCAGAGAAAGGAGAAGAGGAAGGGAAGACGCUUGUGGAAGGGUUUUGGUUGAAGAAAUUGUUCUGGAUUCUUUGGCUAAUUACCUAAUCUUGUUCUUUGUCCCUCUUCGCCAUGAAUUUAACAAGCGUAUUACCUACCAACUGUUAGAAAGGUAAUACCGUAACUAAGAGUAGCUCUGAAGUUUCACCCCCAGUUUGUUAUAUGCGGCUGCAA